AUGGCCUCUGCCCCUGCGCGACGCCGGAGCAUAUUCCGCCCAUGCAUUGAUCUGCACGACGGACAAGUCAAGCAAAUCGUAGGGGGAACGCUCUCCGACACCGCUCCUGAAACUUUGAAAACUAAUUUCGUUGCAAAACAAUCUGCGGGCGACUUCGCCCGGAUGUAUAAAGAUUGCGGACUGGAAGGGGGACAUAUAAUCAAGCUGGGAGGGGGAAACGAUGCGGCUGCGAAAGAGGCGUUGCAAGUUUGGCCGGGCACAUUUCAGAUCGGGGGCGGGAUAGAUGACGAGAAUGGGAAAGAGUGGUUGGAUGCCGGUGCAGGGAAGGUCAUCGUAACAUCCUACCUCUUCCCUGGGGGGAAAUUUUCUCUGGAAAGGCUACAAGCCAUCGCUUCCGUUGUUGGGAAGGAGAGGUUGGUCGUUGACGUGAGCUGCCGGAGACGAGAUGACAAGUGGCUGGUAGCCAUGAACAAAUGGCAGGUUAUCACCGACAUGGAGGUGUCGCAAGGGACACUUGAUAUGCUGUCGGAGUACUGCAGUGAAUUCUUAGUGCACGCGGCUGACGUUGAGGGACUAUGUCAAGGUAUCGAUGAAGAUCUCGUGCGGAAACUAGGGGAGUGGGUGAAGAUACCUACUACGUACGCCGGCGGCGCCAGAGAUAUUUCAGAUCUUGACCUUGUUGAUCGUCUUUCCGAAGGACGCGUAGAUCUAACAUAUGGAAGCUCCUUGGACAUAUUUGGCGGCUCACAAGUUUCAUUCGAAGAGUUGGUCCAGAAAAGUCGGAAGAAUUCGGCUUUCGUAAAAGCAUCACAAUGA